UAGGCCUGCUCGUUAUCAGUCCCCCAAAUCAGUUCGUGAAGAUUUGGUAAUCUAUUUGGUUUUCUGAGUACGAACGAACCUGGAAGAUGGAUAGAAGAAAUAUUGCUAAAGAUCUGAGAGAGUAUUCAUUAACUCUUACAGGCUUGGUAGGGUUACAGCUACCAUGCCUGGUUUCUGCAGCACAACCUUCCUCGCCACUGGCUCAAUUCCAGUCUUAUGGUCUCCUAUUCAACAUGUCGAGUGCAACUCUGAAAGAUCACUUCUCUUUCUCCCCCGAAAAUCUCGCUCAAGGACGAUAUCACACUCUUGUCACGAACCUUUUCAAUCACCAAGAUGAACAGCACCUAUUCAAUAACUUUGCUACUCUCAUACCAAAUGGUUACCAUGUUCAUAGACGCUUUGGUCGAAAGCAUUUAUUGGCAGCAUUCUUUGGGGGUGGAGUUGCUGGAAAUCUCACCCAGUUUUGUUUCUACAUGUUUCAAAAAAUCCGCUGGGAGACUGUUCUACCAUCACCAAAUUCUUGGGGUCUUCUUGGGGAUUUCUUGGGCAACAAAGCAGACAUCUUGCAAAAGUUUGCUCUUGAUAAAGCCUUUACUUCAAUUCAUGGAACAACAUCGUGCAAAGGUGCCAGUGCAGCAAUUUGUUCUAUUGUUGCCAUUGAGACAUGUGCAAAUAUUGUUUCCUUAUAUGACAAAUACAUUGAACUAAGAAGGCGGCGAAGGUUAGGAAUAGCAGAUCGAGAAUGGGACAAUCAGAUGACGCAAGAAAUGAUGUAUGAAGUGUGCCAUUUGGGGCUUGUAAUCACAGUUCUUCUGAGUGACUUGGUGCCUCUAUUAGACAGUACAACUCCUGGUAAAGGAAUCAUUAGCACAUUUGUGGCAUACUCUGCAGAUGGCAUUGGUCAUGCAGCACAUAUGGGGGGUUUCAUAUUUGGUGUUCUAUAUUAUUUGAUUGCAUUAUCUGGCAACAGAACACCGGGUAAUAAUAGAUGAUCACAAUAAAGCUCAAUUAUGGAGUGGGAAGUUACAGAGAUUUACCAGACCAAAAUGUUUUAAUGGCCAGUAAAUUCUUACUCCAUCAAAAUGUACAAACUGGUAUUUUUAGGACAUAAAUAUUAGAACCAUGCCAAAAGUUUAAACUUUGUUACGUCAAAUAUUUUCUGUAAUAUUGGUCACACAUGCUUCCUUUUAACAGACACUCCUUCUGGAGAAAGAAGUCCCUUGUAAGUAAAGAAGGUCUUUUUCUUACGCCACAUGUAAGUGAUCGUCCUUAAAUUUAGUCUCUCAGGAUUGUUCAAAACCCUAUUGAGCUUACCCAGGAUUAUAGUUAAUUUAUUUUUUUUGUUUUUGUUGUUUUUUUUUCUUUCAUAGCUUCUCAAAGAGCUUUCCUGUUAACAUUUUAUUAUAUUCUGUCUUAUAUUUCACUUACUAAAGAUCAUACCAGAUACAUUUUGCACAACCAGGCCUUGGUAGACUGUAAAAGCUAUGUCCCAUUACCUUUGAUAGACCAUAAAUAAUGUUUAUCAAAAUCAUAGCAAAGGUAUUGAAUGGUGUGCAUCAAACAAAAAAUUACUUUAAGAAACAGACUGAAGUUUUUGUCAUUCAGCUGUGAAAAAAUGUUACCAGCUCACAAUCACCAGACAGUGAUCGAGCUGUGCCAUCAACUGAACUUUUGGCAACAUUGAUGCUGUGCUUAUAUGAGGGACGCAUUCACUUGGUAUUUAUUUAGUAAUUCUUAAAAAAAUUAGUAACAGUAUUUUAAUUAAUAAAAGUGUUAAUUUUACAGUGAGACAGAAAAAUGAAAAAACUCUUAUUUUACAGUUUUAUUUGGUAGUAUAUAUUGGUUUGCAUUUUCACUAAGACAAGCUUGCUUUCCACCACUCUCUCAUGUUCAGUCUUUGUUCCUACCCAAGAGGAGGAGCACAGGCUCAUGUUCCCAAACAGGGGCUGGUAAUCGAGUUUCAUCCUAGCAGGCUCCCAAAAGUUAAAGUGGCCUUAAACUAAAUGGACAUCUGCAUCAGACCACAAUUAGAAACCCAAAAAACAAUUCCAUAGUUUCAAGCAAUUUAGUACUGUAGUGCAGUUACUUGGGUAUUAAUAUACAUGAAAAAAAUUAUGUGCUUCUAUUAGGCUGAAAAUUAGUGCUUUUUUCAUGUAACAUGAGUGCAAAGUUAUACUACGAGUGCAAAUUACAAAUGGCAUGAGUAUGCUGUUAAAAUAUAGUCUUCCCCGACUUUGUGAUUUUUUUUCGUGUAAAUCAGAAAUUAAGAAGCAAUAACAUUUGUUAUGUAAUUUGGUGUAAAUAAGCAUUUGGAAAAUUUUCAUACUUCAACUUGCACUCACCCUACGGCCUAUUAAUACCAAAGUGCAAUUAAAAUCAUGUUGUUACUUAUACUAAUAACAUUCAAGCACAAA